AAAUAAUGCGCAUUUGCGACGAAAUGCGCUGCCGUAAUUUUGCGGCUCCGGUGGUGUUGGUGUUGGAUGUUUGUGAAUUGAUUUUUGAUUUUUGGCUGGAGAGUACUUAGUAAUCUUCUGUUGCCCUGUAUAUCAUGAUGGAUAUCAGACCAAACCAGACAAUCUACAUUAACAACCUGAAUGAGAAGGUUAAAAAGCCAGAACUGAAGGAGUCUCUGUACGGUCUGUUCUCCCAGUUUGGACCUAUCCUUGAUGUUGUGGCCCUGAAGACACCAAAGAUGCGUGGCCAGGCUUUCAUUGUAUUCAAGGAGAUUGGUGCAGCCACCAAUGCUCUCAGAUCGAUGCAGGGCUUCCCCUUCUAUGACAAACAAAUGCGCCUGCAGUACGGCAAGUCCGAGUCAGAUGCCGUCUCCAAGAUGAAGGGCACCUUCCGCCAGGAGGGUGGCAAGCGCAAGGACCCGUCCGCGCCCAAGAAGGCCAAAAAGGCCAAGACGAGCGCUACCGCGGCGGCAGCGACCGCCAAACCUUCAGAGGACGGGGACGGCGCCGACGAGGCGGCCGACCUGCCGCCCAACCAGAUCCUCUUCCUCACCAGCCUGCCCGAGGAGACCAACGAGAUGAUGCUGCAGAUGCUCUUCAACCAGUUCCCCGGUUUCAAGGAGGUGCGUCUGAUCCCGGGCCGACACGACAUUGCCUUCGUCGAGUUCGACACGGACGCACAGUCUGCCGCGGCCCGCUCCGCCCUGCAGGGAUUCAAAAUCACACCAACACACGCAAUGCGCAUAUCGUUCGCAAAGAAGUGACGUGCCACCGGCCGGCUAGGUGGUUGAGCUGUGUGAGAGCUCGGGCGGAGGCCUGGAGUUCAGAUGUCAACGUUAGGACUCAUGAGCGUGAUUUGAUGUGAAACGGUAAGAUUCCUCACCGCUCUUUCGAAGUCAGGGGCUGCGUGUUAUCAGAGAAGUCCGACCUCACAUCAACAGGGGGUGUCUUCAUCGGAAGGCUGAACCGAGUGGUCAUACAGGACAGGUGUGUGCGUAGGCGAGACGUCCCAGGGAGGAUGGUUGGUGCUUGAAUAUGUGCUGACUGAAAAGAAGCUCCACUGCAUGCCAUUCAGUUGGAUGGAGAACGCGGUACUUCUUGCUACAAGGGCACGAUUCUCACGUACAAUGUUAAACGCAUUCAUUGGCAAUUUUGUGUAUUGCCACAAACCAUGUCAUCUUUGUAAUAAAUAAUAAAUAACAUCAGCAUUU